AUGGAAACCGAGGCUGUGCGCUCUGUCGUGGUCAUGCUACCUCCCAAGAACUGCCUCCCGAGGAACUACAGCUGCAUAGCUGGGUUGUUCGGGAGCUUGACAGCAGACCCGAGAUUAGAAGACGAAGAGGGGAUGGAGCUGAACGGAGCAAGCGAGCCCAUCGAGAUGCACCAUGUGGUGGAUGAGAGACCAAGAGGACGGGAAUCCUUCCUCAAACCCCCGCAGAGUCCGAACCUGCGCCGCAGGUGCAAGUCUCUGCCGAGCCCCAUAGAGAGAGCGAAGCUUGAGAUCUCCCGCAGCCGGAGUCCCUGCAGCCAGAAAAAGGUCCGUUUCGCCGACUCUCUGGGUCUGGAGCUCACCUCUGUGAAGCACUUUAAUGACACAGACAUGCCCGAUGUGCCGGAGCGCAUAAUGGCGAGAUUCGACAGGGGUCCCCUCCAUCUGAACCCAUUUGACAAGUUCCCCAGGGCACCGACCACCCAGUCUAGUUUUAUGGAGCUGCAAUUCAAGAACCCCGGGACUGUACCAGGCUUUACUGAGAAAGUGAAAGAAGUUAAAGUGUUGUUGGAGUGUGCUGAAGCCGACGAGUUCAGUCUGUCGGGCGUCGUGCGGGUUUUGAACAUGGCUUUCGAGAAAAGUGUCUAUUUGAGGUUCUCAAUCAACAACUGGAUAACCUUCAUGGACAGUCUGACAUCAUAUGUCCCCGAAUCAAGCGACGGUGUGACAGACAAAUUCUCCUUUAAGAUAAUCACCCCAACAACGUUUCUGGAGAGCGGAGGCACAUUCCAGUUUGCUAUAAGAUACUGCGUUGGUGGAGAUGAGUAUUGGGACAAUAAUAACGGGUUCAACUACAAAGUGCGACGCCACAGGUUUAAGAUUUCCCCACCCCGUGAGUGGGAGGAUGGCUGGAUUCACUUCAUCUAA